AACUUUAUUCUUUGGAGUGCAACGAACAUUAAAAAAGAAGCUAAAAUCGUAUGAAAACUACGGCGCCAGGAGCAUUUUAAAAGUAAAAACGGGAAAAAAUGAAGUUUUUCGUGGUUAUACGGGGCGAAAUCGAUCGAGUCCGCGAUUUUCCGUAGUUAUUCCCAUAUUUCAUCAUAUAUCACAAACUAUUCAAUAGGUCCCAAGGCCCUAAUGAGGACUUUUAAAUUUCACCGACAUAUCCCCUUAAAUAAUUUUCAAGUCGAUUUCAUUGCGGUAAACAGAAUUUUUUUUUAAAUCCCAAAUUCUCUGCAAAAAGGUUACUGAUAGAUUUUUCUAAACCUUCUAUUUUAUAAGAUGUUUGCAAAAUAAUUAAAGAGUAUUGAUUAUGAACGAGUUUUUUUUUCAGCCCUACUCAUUUCAUGAAAAAAUAUCAAAUGACCUUUUUUAUAGUCCACAAAAUUGUCGAUGGAAACAAUUUCUUUCAAACUUUGCAAAUCCAUUUCAUGCAAAAGAAUAACUUCAAUAAUUCUUUAUCCACUAUUUUUCGAAUGUCUUAGCUGCGAAUAGAUUCAGGAAAAAUAUCAAGAAACUUAUUUUAUUUUGUAAACCCUAAAAUUUCUCCAUCAAAUGAAAAUUUUCUGUCCAAGAAUGGCGCUAGUUGAACAUGUUUUAAAUUUUAAAAAUUUUAAACGAAUUACUAGAAAAAAGGCCAAUCAUCGCCUGCACCGACCCGACAAAAAACCAAAAUUAUAAAUAAAAAAUAGAAGAUACAGGUAACAGUAGCUUACCCACAAAAACAACUGCUUAGCUAUAACUACGAAUUGAUCCCCACUGCCAUUCCACCGUCCACAGUUUUAUGGCACAAGCUGUGCCGAGUAAAAUCCAACGAAGCGGUAUAGUUGUCUCAUGGCCACCUUUCUCUACUCAACGCGAAAAGCCUCAAAGUUACAGACAUCGGACAGGUAACAAUGCGUCACAACAACGAAUACCAGAUGCACAAUGGGAGGGACCCACAUCGCGCCUAUUCCACAGACGGUGAGGAAAGCCAUCGGGCCGUUUCCGUGCGUACGUCCUCGGAGUAUGCCACAGCACACAAACCAAAUGCUAUGACUGGGAGAAAAGAGAAAAGACGACACGAACGAGACUUAAGGGACUCCCCCCCUGGGGUUCAUAGACAUGGACCGGAUUCAGAAAUUUACGUUACGAGUGAAGCUUAUAGAACUACACCAGACUUUAGUCGAGCAUCAGUACAUCAUAGUCCAGUGGCAAGUUCGAGAUAUGGAUAUAGAGCGCCGAGUAAUUAUAGCUAUGGCUCUGCGAGAUCCGGAGCAUCCAACGGAUCUACCGUAAAAACGAAAACCUCGAGACACGGUGGACUUGUCGUUGAAACCAUGUCCACACCAAAUCCCUUUUGCCCGAACACCAAAGGGAUGUGCUGCCUGUUACUCCUCAUCAAUCUGGGGAUUAUUCUCGUCACACUUGGUUUUGUUAUAGUCAUACAAAUAUUCCAUCCACUUAUUGUCUGGAUUCUCGGAAUAAUUUUCUUAAUAUUCGGCUUUGCCACUUUAAUGGGAAGUUUGAUAUAUUGCGUCCACGUAUUCAGAAAUGCCAAACACCCACACGAAGUGAAUCCAGAAGAUUUUUACUGGACGAGGUACUGGCAAGGACAGGUAGGCUCAGCCCCUGAGAUCCAUUACAAAGCCGAAGAGAAAUACGCGGACGACGCUGGAAGUGAUCGCUACAGCAAAUACUCAUCGACUUACUACGAUCGCCGCAACCAACAUUACUGAAGUUGUUUAUUUAUUUAAUUAAAAAAGUUCUGUAACUAAUAGACUGGUUGAAUGUGCCGUAACAUUGUAGAAAAUAUUUAAACUUUUUUUUUAUAAAUAUGUGGAGAUAAAGAUUAUGUGACAUUCCGCUGAUUAAAGAACAUGGAGAUAAGACAAACUAAA